AUGCUCCCUGUAGAUUUCGAACUAAUUCAGAUUAUGUCUCAAGUGUUGUCAAUUGAUACUAAAUCAACUAAACCGUUUCCUGGUCAGAAACCAGGUACAAGUGGUUUACGUAAACCAACAAAAACAUUUACGCAACAUGGAUACACCGAGAAUUUCAUACAAUCUAUUUUAAAUGCAGCUGUUGGUGAUUUGCUGGCCAAAUCUCAACCAGUUCGACUUUUAUUAGGUGGUGACGGUCGGUAUUUUGUACGAGAAUCACUGCAAAGUAUUAUUAUCCCAAUAUGUUUAGCUAAUGGGGUUUCUGAAUUGUUUGUUGGUCAAAAUGGAAUUCUAUCAACUCCAGCUGCUUCAUGCAUAAUUCGUAAGCACCGAUUAAAUGGUGGUAUUCUUUUAACAGCUAGUCAUAAUCCUGGUGGACCAAAUGCCGAUUUCGGUAUUAAAUAUAAUUGUGAAAAUGGUGGCCCAGCACCAGAGAAAGUAACAGAUGCUAUUUUUGCACAGAGUGAAAAAUUAACUUCGUAUAAAACUGUCAAAGAGUCGUUAAAUAUUCAAUUGAAUUGUAUUGGCUCAACAAAAUAUACUUUAUCCAAUGGUCAAACUGCCACUGUAACAAUCAUUAGCAGUGUUUCUGAUUAUGCCGAUUAUAUGCGUACAUUGUUCGAUUUUGAUGCUAUUAAGACGCUACUGACUGGUUCACAUGGUGGUGAACCAUUUAAAUUGCUGGUCAGUGGUCUCAAUGGAGUUAUGGGACCUUAUAUUCAUGAGAUAUUAUGCAGUCAACUUGGAUUAAAUUCGAAAUUAGCUAUCAAAUCUCAACCGUUAGAAGAUUUUGGCGGUGGUCAUCCUGAUCCAAAUUUGACUUAUGCAGCAGAUCUUGUUCAAAUGGUAAUUAGUGACUCAUCGAUUGCAAUGGCAGCCGCUUUCGAUGGUGAUGGUGAUCGAAAUAUGUUGAUUGGUCGACAUGGAUUUUUUGUAUCACCAUGUGAUUCAUUAGCUGUGAUUGCAGAUAAUACUGAUUGUAUUAAAUAUUUCCAAGAGAACGGUGUUCAUGGAUUUGCACGAAGUAUGCCUACUAGUAGGGCAUUAAAUCUUGUAUGUAAAAGUAAAUCGAUGCAAUGUUAUGAAGUUCCGACAGGAUGGAAAUUUUUCGGUAAUUUAAUGGAUGCUAAAUUAUGCUCGUUAUGUGGUGAAGAAAGUUUUGGCACUGGGUCCGAUCAUAUACGUGAAAAAGAUGGUUUAUGGGCAUUACUUGCAUGGUUAUCUAUUUUGGCUAAACGUAAUCAAACUGGUUUACCAGUUAAUGUCGAAUCAAUUGUAACGGAACAUUGGAAGAAAUAUGGAAGAUAUUUUUUCACUAGAUAUGAUUAUGAAAAUUGUGAAUCAAUUCAAGGUGACGAAAUUAUGAAUCGAUUAAAGAAAUUAAUUGAUAACAAUGAAAUAUCAGGUCAUGUGUAUACUACUGUUAAUGGACAACAGUUUAUUGGUGAUUUUUGUGAUAAUUUUUCAUAUGUGGAUCCAGUCGAUGGAAGUCACACAACAAAUCAAGGUUUUCGAUUAUUUUUUAAAGAUGGAACUCGAUUUGUGUAUCGUCUAAGUGGUACAGGCAGUAGUGGUGCAACACUUCGAGUAUAUGUUGACACUUAUGAAGCAGAUCCAGCUAAGCAUAUAAUCGCUUCACAGGAAUAUUUGAAAUCGCAUAUUGAAUUAGCGUUGAAAUUAUGUGGUGUAAUUGAAAUCACUGGUCGAACAGCUCCAACUUUACCCAUUAAUUCUCCAUAUCGUAAACCAUCCAAAUCUGGUGAAGUUGACAUUGAUUCAGAACAUCGUGCAGUACAUUUUACUCAAAUGGUUAAUGAAGGUCAUUUAUCUAAUAAUGAUUUGUCAGCUUCAACUAGUUCCAAUCCUCAUCCAUUGAAUGUUUCCAGAAAAGUUAGCUUUUCUGAUCUACCUUUAAUGAGUAAUAGUGAAGAACGUCAACUAGACGGUUUACAUCAAUCUCUGAUCAACACUGAUGAUAAAUUCAUGUCUGAUGAAGAUGAUGAUUCAGGUCAUCAUAUUGAAGUUCACUUAUUGAAUCCAGAUAUCGAUGAGAUGCCAAUAUUACCACCAGAAUUAAAAAAUACACCUAUAUUUGAAGUAAAACUUGGAAUGCUUAAACAAGCAACAGUUUAUCGGACAGAAUUUACAAUACCAGAUAAUUUGAAGUCAGGUGAAUUGGAAAUUUUACGAACUGUUACAGAAAUGGAUGGUCAUGUUAGUGUACCAGUUAAUGUUGGUGCUUCAUUUACUUUAUUAAGUUGUGAACCAAUCCCAUCACCUGGUCAUGGCCAUAUAAUAGUGAUGGAGAUUUCAACGACAAAACAACCUCGUGUUAAUGAAUUAAUCACAUUACGUCGAGUUGAAACAAUAGCAGAUUCUGUUUGCCUACUUUUGCAUGGUAUUUCUUUAGCUAAAGGACAAGGCACUCCACUUCUGCGUUCUGGUAUACAUCGAAUUACUGAGAAUCAAGAUUACAUUGAUUCAGAUGAUUACACUGAAUGGCCUGGUUAUGUGAACAUUGAAGAUGAUGAUGUUGAUGACGAGGAGGAGGAGGAGGAGGGGAAAGAAAGUGAUGUUGGUAAUGGCGAGAAAGCCAAAGCUGUUUCUGCGGCAACCGAGAAUAUCGAUGUUGAUCAAGGCGCUAAUUAUGAUGAAUAA